AUGGCCAACCGCCGCGUUUUUCCUGGUUAUACGCAGCGAGAGUACGCUGCACCGUACGAGCUCGUAUUUACGGAGAAGCUGGCCAAAGUUCCCGAGCUGCUGCCACCCUCUACAGGGAAAGGUUUCCCGAUAGGAGACAUCCACACCAUGAAAUGUUUACCAGAGUGCAUAACUCCUACAUGGAAGGCAGACUCCCUGGUCAACGUGGCGGUGGACGGCCUCAAGUUGUUGACGAAGACAUAG